AUGGCCUCCUCCUUCAAUGGCGGCAGUGUCCUCUUCGUGCUCUCCGCCCUCCUCCUCUGUGGCGCCACUCAGAUCACCCCCAUGGACUAUCUGCUCCCCAUAUGCAAGACCGUCGGCGGCGGCAGCACCUUCGUCGGCAUCCAGUUCUGCAUGGACACCUUCCACUCCAAUCCCCGGACCGCACACGGUGCGACGUACCAAGAGCUCGCCGCCAUCGCAGUCGACCUCCUGACGGUCAACGCCACCAGCACCAAAGCCAAAAUCGGCGGCCUUCUCGGCGGCAAGACGGCGGACGCCGCCACCGCGCAGUGCCUCAGAUCCUGCCAAACUCUUUACGGCGGCAUAUUGCAGCGGCAGCCUGGCAGCGCCGCCGCGGUCAAGGACGGCAAGUUCAGCGAGGCAAUCUCGCCCCUGGAGAAAUCGGCGGCCGCGGCCAAGGAGUGCGAGGAUGGCUUCAGCAAGAGCCACGUGCCGUCGCCGGUGACGGUGGAGAACGGCAACGCUUUCCAGCUCGCCAAGCUCGCCGUCGCCUUACUCCAAGUCUAG